GAGGAGGGCGCCGCUGGAUCCCGUCCAUCCGACUCCCCCCCUCCGCCGGACUGAUCACACUGAUUGAUCGUCGGGUGCGUCCCGGAGGAACCCCUGCGUGGUGCUCGGCGGAUCGGGGAAGGGGGGGUUUGAGAGACCGGUUGUGUGGCCGCAGAUGACACGCAGGAGAAAGUGUGUGGGCGGAUGAGGAAGUUCAGAGCACGGAUUGAUGGUCACACACCUACUGUACUGUACUGGCACUUUAUCGCAGCAGCAGCAGCAGCAGCAGCAGCACCGGGAUCUCCAUCCACCAGUUUCUGUGAUCGGAGGUGAUCCGCGCAUGGGAAAAUGACAAUCAAGUUUGUGGUGAUCCUCUUCAUACUUGUGCUUCAGGGUGCUCGUUGUGAUCUACUGGAUUAUGGCGCCGACGAUGAAGAUCCCAACGACACCACUGUCAAUCAAAUGCUGGUUCCCAGGUCGCACCAGGAGGACGCCACACUUAUUCUCAACAAUCUGCUCAAGGAAUAUGACAAGACGCUGCGGCCGGACAUUGGAGUGAAACCUACAGUCGUCGAUGUGGGCAUAUAUAUCAACAGCAUCGGGCCUGUGUCAUCCAUCGACAUGGAGUACCAGAUCGAUAUUAUCUUCGCCCAGACCUGGGUGGACACCCGUCUGCGGUAUAACAGCAGCAGCAGCAUGCGGCUAACCCUCAACAGCAAUAUGGUCGGCUUGAUCUGGCUGCCUGACACCAUCUUUAGGAAUUCCAAGAACGCAGACUCUCACUGGAUAACGACGCCCAAUCAGCUGCUUCGAAUCUGGAACAAUGGAAAAGUCCUCUACACACUGAGGAUGACCAUCAACGCAGAAUGCCAGCUGCAACUCCAUAAUUUCCCAAUGGACGAACACUCCUGUCCUCUUGUCUUCUCCAGCUAUGGCUACCCACGAGAUGAGAUUGUGUACAAGUGGAACCGCAACUCAGUGGAGACUUCAGACCAAAAAUACUGGAGGCUUUACCAGUUUGAUUUCAUGGGGCUCCGAAACACCACAGAUGUGCUCAAGACGACAGCAGGUGACUAUGUGGUUAUGACCGUGUACUUCGACCUCAGCAGGAGGAUGGGCUACUUCACCAUCCAGACCUACAUCCCCUGCAUCCUGACAGUGGUCCUCUCCUGGGUCUCCUUCUGGAUCAAGAGUGAUGCCACGCCUGCAAGAACAGCCCUAGGUAUCACCACAGUGCUGACCAUGACCACCCUUAGCACUGUGGCCAGGAACUCGCUACCAAGGGUGUCCUACGUGACAGCCAUGGACCUGUUUGUCACCGUCUGCUUCCUGUUCGUCUUCGCUGCCAUGAUCGAGUACGCCAUGCUCAACUACUACUCCUACAGUAUACGCAGACCUCCUGCCAAGACGCAGAGAAUGGCCUACACAUCUUUCAACAUGGGUCACGCCCCUCGGUCUAUGAUGCCCAUGGGCAACUCCCUCUUCUGGCAGGACUACGACGACAACUGCCUGUACGAGUGCCUGGACGGGAAAGACUGCAAGAGCUUCUUCUGCUGCUACGAGGAGUGUAAAGAAGGCGGCUGGAGGAAAGGACGCAUCCACGUCAACAUCCGCGAGCUGGAUGCCUACUCUCGGGUCUUCUUCCCCACCUCCUUCUUGCUCUUCAACAUAGUCUACUGGGUCAGCUACCUCUACCUCUAGUCGGUCUCGGGCUGUGAUCCCUAGGCCAUGCUGAAACAGCCACAGUCCCCGCCACUUUAAACCGCGGCUCGUGAUCUAAGGUCAGAACUAAGUGUGGAGGAGGAAAUAAGGUGGAUCAGCUCUGUGGGAAUCAUGAAAGAUGUGCUGCCUCUGGAAACACACGUGCACAGUAGUGCACAGUGUAAAGGCCAUGAUAUUUUGAGCGGUGGCACUCCAAGGAGAAUAAAACGCUCACCAGUAGAACAACAAGCCGCCAGCAUCAACUUGAAUGGAUAGGUCCUGUUUAUGACAGAAACCAAACAACGGACAGCUGUGACGUCAGAGACGUUCGGGGACGGGGUUGCAUUGCUGAAUCUUGGUCGUCGAGAUGGCGAAGCACCCAUAGUGCCUUCUUUAGAAAGGGUGCGGCACCGCGAGAUGCAGCUUCAGAGUUUCCUCCAUUAUCUUUAUUACCUCAUCCACCACACCGCCGCAUGCUGAGCUGUCUAUUCUUUGAUGAAACCGGAACACCACCACUGGACUUGUUUAAACUAACACUCACCAUUCAUUUUGUAGCACAUUAGUUUUAGUUGUACCCUAGAAUUAGUUCUACUUUACCAACCUUUUCUUAUUCUAUUAUUAUUAUUAGACUUAGUUGUAUUAGUUGUAUUUUCACAGCGAGUCAACUAGCUCAGCCAUCAGUUGUUAAUUGUUGAAUAUGAGUUAGUGUCAGGGGCCGUGGUUGUCUGGUAAUAUCUUGUUUAUUAAAUCAGUGAGCUUUUGUUCAUGAUGCUUUAUGACUAAACGAUGCAGUUUACAGUAGAUGCCAAGAAGAUUUGGGUGUCUUAUAAUAAAUGCUGGGUUACAUCCUCACACACAAAAUGUAUAAGAACUGUAUAAAUACAAACCAGUCCAACACUAAACAUGCUAAUCUCAUCCACAGGCAUAUUAUGUAUGGUACAGCACAUGAAUAAACAGAUUAGGGUUAGCAGCAGUGCUGGUUUCUUCCUGACAACAGCUGUAUGAAAACAGUUUCUCAUUUUUUAUCCCUAUUUAUACCUGAUUUUGUUUUAUUACUAACAGGGCCUGUGGGUUAACCUUGGUGUGAGGAAAAGUUCAACAUUUUGUGCUUCACUUCUAAUUCCCCCGUCCUCCAGUUAAUGCAAACCCAAAAACUUCCUUCAGGUUGACCUUUAGUCUUGAUAAAAUCCAGUUUACUACAUGAACUGGAAGCAGUCUGGCUCUGUCUAAAGGUUAAAGAAAAAUCCACCUAUCAGGCCUCUGAAGUUUCACCACUUUGUGGAGAUGUUAUGCACGACAGUAGCAGUAAAUAUGGUAUCACAUAACAUCGCCAAUAGCUCUUCAUUCAGAAACAUAUGGAUAUGGAUAACGUAUGGAUUUUUAAAACACAAGAUAUAUUGUGUAAAUUAGUGAGAGGUGCUAUUAGGCAGACAUUUUAAAGUAGGAACAGAGGAAGGUAGUCUUUGCGCUAAGCUAAGCUAGCCGGCAGCUUCACAAGCUAAUUACAUUUGUAUGCCAACAUAGGAAUCUCUAUCAACAAAUAACUACAUAUAUACACAGGGCAAGAGUUUGGCAUCAGAAGCGUUCUGGUUCCAGUUUGUAGUUUGUCUCAAUAGUAUUGGCCACUCACGUUUGAGUGGCAGGUGAACGGUUCUUGAACCCAUAAGCUAUCAUCUGACUUUCUGGUUAAAUUUAUCUAUCUGUCCAUAGAGAUGAGCCAAACUGUCUGGAACAGCCUUGUCCGAGAUUUCUGCUGGCUAUAUCAUAUAUUCGGAAAAACUGGCCGCCGCCCCCUGAGGCUUAAUCAUCGUCAGACGUUAGCUAAUAGGUUCCAAGACUGUAGGCAGAGUAACAAGCAUUCUUUAACUGAAUCAUAAGGUCCAUUUGAGCUAACAUCUCCACUGUUGUCUCCUGAAUUACUCUCAUAUUCCAAAACAAAUCCACGAGCAAAUCAUUUAAAUACAUCAUGGUUAUGAUAGCGUUAGCCUAGCUAAUAUCAGUUAGUGGGUACCUUUGCUGUGGAGCUCAACAAAUGUCGUAGUUAUUGGCAAAAUGGUAACAUUAGCAACGCUGAACAAGUAGUCCCCCAAGCACUAACAUCAGUAGCAUUCUACAAGUGGAAUUUCGAAUAACAAGAGUGCUAGCUUAUGUUAGCUAGCUGACAUCAUAUCCAUAUUGUGACUGCUAACAUUCUCUACAUCAAACCAAGUCAACCUUAUCAGGCUAAUUGAUAGUCUCUAGUUUGACACAUCCUCAUAGACAUCAUGUAAGGAAUUUCAGAGAUUCAUUGGAUCAAUAUGAAUCACAAAAAUGACCCUAUACUAGAUUCACAUCUAGUGACAAGUUUGCACACCUGAACUGUCAUCAACAAAGCGAGAAAGCAUAUUUCUCAGAAUGCUGAACUAUUCCAAAAAGUUACUGAUCCCAAAGACAUGUCAUCAGGAUUUUGUGAUCUGGGUGAACACAAACUCCUUGUUUUGGCAUGACAGUUAUAUAUCAGUAUAGAUUUGAGCAGCAGGAAUAUUCGUCUGAACCCUAAAGCACAUAGAAACACACACUGUACACGGCCUGUUCAUGUUGCAUAAGAGUCAUUCCUUCAGUUUCACAAGUAGAGCCUGAGUAUAUCAAAUUGAAGUCUUGAUGAAAGCUUAAAUUUUUCCAUGUCCUGCCAAAUGCAGGACGGAAAGGCACAUCGUCUGUGCCCUGCAGGCAGUGAUCACAGGUGCUGUAAAAUAGGUUCUAUAUAUUGUGAUACUUCACACACUCACACACUGUACACAGCGCAGUGUUGGAAAGUGGAUGAUUUUGGAUGGCUGUUGAUGGCUCUUAAUGGAGUCCCACAUCCCCUCCUCGAAUAUGUAAAAGCGAUGCUACAUAUGGAGGCGUACGGACACGAAAACAUGGACAGUGAUGGCGGCGUUUGAAGCAUUUCGGUUUUGUUUACUGUUCUAUGGUGUUUUUUGCAGUUGUUUGGCUUUGUAGAACAAUCAACCCCCUUUUCCCUCCUCCUCCUCCUCCUCCUCCUCCUCCUCCUCCCCCGACACACACACACACACACACACACACACACACACUUUUUCCCUGGUAUUUGUAUGUUCAGAGAAAAGCUUUUAUGUACGAUGUAUCUAAUUAAUGUUUCUAUUUUCAUACAGUUAUAUAUGGAAUGUAAGUUAGGCCAGUAGCGAGGCCGGAGUCAAUCUGGUUCCAGUUCAGUCAGUUCAAGCAGCCUAAAUGAGUUUAUAUUUAGGGGUCCUACAUAUUCAUGAGGCCUCUAGACACAUUUGUGGCCUGUCCAGAGGUUUGUAAUUACAAUUCAGAGCGCCUCAAGUGAUGCUGGAGAAACAGCUGAGGGGCUGCGGGCAAUUAGUUGCUCUGAUGAUGUAAUGCUUUAGCUCAUAUUUUCAGUAGUAUUUUAGAUUCAUCCAUCGAUCUCUGAACUGACUGAAUUGAACAGAGCUUGGCCCACACCGCAGUAAACUCUCCUCACCUCUGAUAUUUCUACUACACUUUAUAAGUGUCUUAGUCCGUUGAGAUACUUCAAUAAAACAAAAUCACUAUUUUCUACGUCUUGAUGAAAAUCACAUGUGUGUUUCAGCUGACUGGGACCUGUAUUUAUAAAGCCUCUUUGGAAUCAGAGUGCUAACCCAGGAUCAGCACUGGCAAGCAUAAUGAACUCGCUCAAGAGCCUCUUCCGGAGACCUCAUCUCCCCUGUUAUAGCUCCCCAGCUCCUCUGAAAAGCGGUGCAUCAGUCGCACCGAGGUGUCACAGAAUCAUGUACGUACUCCUGCUUUAUCCUGCGAACCAAUUUUGUUUGGACUGUCACUGAGGUCUCUGGGAGGUGUGGCUGUACACAAAAAGCCACUCUGAUCUUGGAUCAGCACUCCUGGGGGAAAUAUUUUAUGAAAACAGGAUCUAGAGUGAAAAUAGGUAUCUUUUUUCUAGUGCGUGGUACAUUGCUUAUAUUAA